AAAAGAACAAAAAAAAAAAAAGAGACAUAAGACACAAAGAGAGGGAAGGGGAGAGAGAGAGAGUGUGUGUGUGUUGUUUGCUAAGCGGAGCUUAAAUAAAAGCAAUGAAUGUCGGCUGCCUAGUUCUUUAAUCUCUCCUCCUUAUUUCUCGAAGGAUCUCUUCUUUUAAAGAUUUAUUUAUUCCAUUUCUAUAUAUAUCAGUCUAUCUAAUUCUAUCCUUAUCCCUCUCUGGAUCCAUUCAGUCCAUUUCUAUCUCUAUCGCGAGGAGAUCUCGCAUUUCCUUAGCUGGAGAUCCGAUAAUCAUAGAAUGAGAUAGUUCGCUUUAAGUUUAGCUCUCAUUUUCUUGUUUGGUUGCCCAGAAAGUUCAGUUCAGCAUCAAAGCAACCGGAAAAAUUUAUUGGAUUUUGGAGGAUGAGUUGGGAUCCACAUAUGGAGGUUCAAUACAUCAACAGUAACUACCCUUAUAAUAGUGCUGGCAGCUUUAUCGAAUAUUUUGAAGGUCUUACUUAUCAACAUGUCAAUUUUAUUUUCGACGGUGCUUCUCAUGUCCAGGAGAGUGUGUACCCAUCCAUGACUUCAAGCUUUUACAAGUUUGGCCCAUCUGAUUCUGGCAGUAUUUCAUAUUAUGAUCAUCGUAAUGAUCAUAGUUACGAGGUGAAUAACCAUGAACUGUGCAUUGAUGAAUAUAGAAGGGCAUCAGAGAAUUCCUUGUCAGGGAGUAAUGAACAGACUGCAGCAAUGAAUGUGGAAUGGGAAAGAAACGCACAUGCAACUUCGCUUGAAAACUCGGUAGAUUGUCCACGGAGACAACAUAAUGCUCAUGAUUACCAGGUUAUUUGGCAAGAUUGUGUUGAUCCUGACAACAUGACAUAUGAGGAAUUACUUGAGUUAGGGGAGAGUGUUGGAACACAAAGUCGGGGUCUCACCCAAGAACUUAUUUCAUUGCUACCUGUUUCAAAAUACAAGUGCAGCUUAUUCUCAAGGAAGAAAUCAAGGAAAGAGAGAUGUGUAAUUUGCCAGAUGGAAUAUAAAAGAGGUGAGAGACAGAUUACCCUACCUUGCAAGCAUGUCUACCAUGCUGGGUGUGGCACCAGAUGGCUUAGCAUCAACAAGGCUUGCCCUAUAUGUUAUACGGAGGUGUUUGGCAAUGGAUCAAAACAUUAAGGGACAAUGACGAUGAAUAUAAAGAAAAUAUUCGUAUGCUAUCAAUAUUUUUGGGUUGGAUUUGGGUAUUUACCCCUAAUACGAAGAUGUUCUAUUUCGACCUUUUACUUUGUUUAACAGAAGAAUAGUUGAUUGACUUUUGCAAUAAUUGAAAGGGAGUAUGGAUAUGGUAGAAGAUGGAUGUGUUAACUAGAAAAAGCCGGGGUGUAUAGAGUCUUCGAUAAUGUUUGUCGUAUUCAAAUUAUUGUCCAUUUCCUAUGCAUUUUCCUCAUUAUCGCACACUUUUGAGAAUGUGAUUAAUCUCAAAUAGCAAAGAAGUUUUAGGGUGCUCUCAGCGGCAGGGAGAAUAACCCUUGCUGAAUGACUACUGAAGUUCGAAUUUCUUUCUUAA